AUGCAUCCUGAGACCUUCGGAGAGAGAGAGUUCACUGUGAGAGGCCUCUGGUUCUGGUCUCGCGGAACUAUCCCGGAAAGAACAAGAAGCUUCUUCGAGGAACUAGUUGUUGAUGUUGGGGAGCUCGUGGCCGCUAUCCCAAAGAAGGGGACAAGGUUAAGUGUCGAGGUAAAUGUUGCUACGCAAAAGCGUAUUGCUGUAAAGCUAAAUGCUGUACCCAUUAUUCUUACGGAAAACGCAUAUCGGUUCCCUUCUGGGACCGAUAUAAAUACCAAUGGAGUUGAGCUAUGGGACUCCACUAUACCAUCGAAUUCCUCUCGUAUCCAAUACUUACAAUCCAAAAUCCUUCGUAAAAUCCUCAAUGUUCCCUACUUUGUUACAAAUAAAACCAUCCAUAAUGGUUCUUAUGUUUCAGAUCUUGUCCAAUCCAGAUACCUAUCAUUCCAUAAUAAACUUCAGAUCAUCCCAACUCUCUCGUUUCUAACAUUGCUUCCUCUUCAAUUCCUAAUAACCCUCCGAUGCAAAUUCCGCGAGACCUUCGGAGAGAGAGAGUUCACCGUGAGAGGCCUCUGGUUUGGGUCUCGUGGAACGAUCCUGGAAAGAACAAGGAGCUUCUUCGAGGAACUAGUUGUUGAUGUUGGGGAGAUCGCCAAGGGAGAAAGGUUCAGUGUCGAGCUAAAUGUUGCUACGGAAAAUCGUAUUGCUGUCUAUCUAAAUGUUGUACCAAUCUUUAUGACCAAACACUCAGGGCGCCAAAUAAUAGCGGCUCACUGGGCUUGA